AUGGCCACCAACGUGACCCCGUCCAAGGCUGCUGCCUCUGCCAUCGAGUCUUUCAAGAUCGAGUCGCCCGUCAAGAAGCUGGACUUUGGCGAUGCAAACAAGGAGAACAUCCUCGCCGAGGAUGCGAAGCCCAAGGAGCUGGUGAAGGAGGAGGUCAAGACGGAGGAGGCCAAGAAGGCUGUUGCCUCUACCGUCAAGCCCAGCGAGGCCGACGAGCCACUCCUGCAGGAGAACCCCCAGCGCUUUGUGCUGUUCCCCAUCAAGUACCACGAGAUCUGGCAGAUGUACAAGAAGGCCGAGGCCUCGUUCUGGACCGCCGAGGAGAUUGAUCUGUCCAAGGAUCUGCACGACUGGAACAACCGCAUGAACGAGGACGAACGCUACUUUGUCUCCCACAUUCUGGCGUUCUUCGCCGCCUCUGACGGCAUUGUCAACGAGAACCUCGUCGAGCGCUUCAGCGGCGAGGUCCAGGUCCCCGAGGCCCGCUGCUUCUACGGCUUCCAGAUCAUGAUGGAGAACAUCCACUCCGAGACCUACUCCCUCCUGAUCGACACCUACAUCAAGGAUCCCGCCCGCCGCACCUACCUCUUCAACGCCAUUGACACCAUUCCCUGUAUCCGCAAGAAGGCCGACUGGGCUCUGAAGUGGAUCUCCGAUGAGCAGUCCACCUUUGCCCAGCGUCUGGUUGCUUUUGCUGCCGUCGAGGGUAUCUUCUUCAGCGGUGCUUUCUCCUCCAUCUUCUGGCUGAAGAAGCGCGGCCUGAUGCCCGGCCUGACCUUCUCCAACGAGCUGAUCUCGCGCGACGAGGGCCUGCACACCGACUUUGCCUGCCUGCUGUUCUCUCACCUGAAGAACCGCCCCAGCAAGCAGGUCAUUGAGGACAUCAUUGUCGAUGCCGUCAAGAUCGAGCAGGAGUUUUUGACCGAGGCGCUGCCCUGUGCCCUGCUGGGCAUGAACUCCACGCUGAUGAAGCAGUACAUUGAGUUCGUCGCCGACCGCCUGCUGGUUGCCCUCGGCAACGACAAGGUGUACCGCGCCACCAACCCGUUCGACUUUAUGGAGAACAUCUCCCUGGGCGGCAAGACCAACUUCUUCGAGAAGCGCGUCGGCGAGUACCAGAAGGCCGGUGUCAUGGCCAACAGCGCCAAGAAGGAGGACGGCGAGAGCAACCUAGGCAAGGGCGAAGGCGACUUCACCUUCGACGACGAGUUCUAA